UCCGGUUCACACGGUGCAGUUGCUCGGACCCCGAGAUACGGAUACGAAUCCAAAUCCGAAUCUGUAUCGGAAUAUCUAGCUGUGCGUCAAAGAGCGCCGCCGAAACGCUGGGAAUUAUUAAGAUAAUAAACGGGAGCGCUUUUUAAGUGCCUGCGAAUGGUUCUUCUCGGGCAUAAACUAGUUUUGUGUAAAUAAACGAAGCGCCCGGCAAGCGUUUGAAGUUCUGGCCGGGAUCCGGAUUCCCAGCGUGGAAUUUACGGUAUGUGUGGCGUGAGGGGAUAAAGGAAAAGCGUGCGCCCAUUGUUGUGACACUUGCCGGCUCAUCUUCCUCAUAAAACCAAGCCCCAUAUCGCUGCUCCAUGAGCUUGUGGCCAUUAGCUCAAUCAUCGACGUUGGAGGCGGCUCCUUGGUGGUCUUUUAUGCUGCCAUAAUAGUUCCAUUCUUUGUUGACACACAGGGCGGAAAAUGGAAAACUGAGAAGGGAGAAAGCGUAAGCGAAAGUGAAACAAACUGGGCCUGAAGUAAGAUGUCAGCAGCGUUAGUACAAAAGGCGACGGAAACUCAACUCGACCAGUCACCGGAAGUGGGCGUGGCACAGCUGGCCACCAUAUCGUUGCUUUUGCAAUACGACAUAGACAACACACUGAAUGCGCUCAAGGAGCAGCAGAAGAUGACGCUGGAUGCUCGAUUGGGCGGCGAACUGCCCGCCGUGAUCAACAACAACAGCCAGGACAUCAACAAGGACAUCAACCGGAACAUGCCGGAGCAGACACAGACGACGGAACUGGAGGUGGGUCUGGAUUUGGGACUGGGACUGGGCCUCAAAAGCAUGGAGACCGCCUUCAUGCCGCCCACACCGCCGGCCACGCCCAACCUGCAGAACACCGCCCAGAAGCGCUGGAAGAUCCUGGCCAAGGUGCUGCGCAAGGACUCCGAGGAGACGGUGUCCUCCUCCAGCGACGAGUUCACCGAGGAGCAAACGGCCUCCGUGCGCCGCUUCAAGAGCUUCGAUCUGCUCCGCCAGGACAGCUUCGAGGAUCAUGUGAGCCUGAAGUGUUUGGGCAAGACGGAGAACUGGUACAAGUAUCGGAUGCAGCUGGAGAACGAGUCGGAGUACUCGGUGAACAUCCAUCACAUGGAGCGCCAGCUGACCGCCAGCGAUUUGAUGGGCUUCAACAACACGGGCAACAUAUGCGUUUGGCCCUCGGAGGAGGCCCUGACCGCACUGGUCCUCUCCGAGGUGGCCUCCUAUCGGGGCAAGUGGAUCCUGGAACUGGGCGGGGGAUUCACCUCCCUGGCCGGCCUCAUGCUGGCCAAAUACGCCACUCCCUAUGCCGUCCAUCUGACCGAUGGCAACGAGAUAUCGGUGGAGAAUGUGAGGAAGACCGUGUGCCUCAACGAGCUGAGCUGCUACACCAAGUGCUCGGUGUUGAAGUGGCAGGAGAAGUGCGCCCGAUCCCAGGCAGAGCAGGCCAAGUUCGACUUCAUCCUGUGCGCCGACUGCCUCUUUUUCGACGAGGCCCGCUCCGCCCUGGUGGACACCAUCUGGUAUUAUUUGGCCCCCGAGGGAUCGGCCUUGAUAAUGGCCCCGCGUCGUGGUCGCACCUUGAGCGUUUUCCAGGACGAAUGCGUGGCCAGGGGAUUCCGGGUGGAGUUGGCCACCCGAUAUAACGAGACCAUCUGGCAGCGGCAUCUCCAGUUGAAGGCCGACUCCGCCUUGUACGACGAGGACCUCCAUUAUCCUUUGCUACUGCGAUUGUGCAAGACCCACAGCUAGGAGAAAAUCGAGGGGGAAGGACACGGGGAGCCAGCUGGCUGCAGUAGGUGCAAUUAAACUUAGUCAAUGUUUUAGUUGAUAGCAAGCAAAUUCCAGUUUACACCUUAAACAAAAAUGAGGCCAACCGGCCGCUCUCGACGAACAAAAAGAAAAUUCCUCCCACACUGAAGUAAAAAUGUAGCAAGUCAAACUCAUUAGACUGGUGCUAAAAAUGAACGUGAUGUGUUUUCUAUACAGUGUUUGGUUAAAUUAUAUUUGAUUUAUUAGAGGAAAAAUUAUUUAUUUCUUAUGAUCAGAAUGUUAAAUCCCUAAAAAAAAAGAAAAGAAGAAAAUGUACCUAUAUAUAUGUACAACACAGUGUUGAGAAAGGCAAUUGUUAAAUAAGAUUAUAUAAAACCAAGAGAAAUAUAAAAAAAUACGAUUUUUGCAUUAACAAGGCACUGAAUUAGACCCAAAAAUUAAAUAUUUUACAAACAAGUCCAGUUGGGACUUUCACAGCCAUAUCUAUAAUACUCAAGGUACAUUUUGAAUGAGAAUUGUUGGUACAUACUCACAGCUUUAAAGCACCAGUCUAGUGAUCACCUUUAGCACGUAGUUCACUGUUAAGUUGUAUAACAAAAAAUUCCUUUGAUAUGUAAAUUUGAUUUGCGUUGAUUCCACAAGUUUUGUAAUUAUUUUUUUUACAAAUACUCCUCGUUAUGUAUAUGUAGUUACCUCUAUAUAUGUUACACGCCCACAAUUCACACCCUCGACCACCCACCCAACCACACACACACACACACACAAGUAUUAUUUAAAUAUAAUGUAUACGCUGAAUAGCAUACUUUUGGGCUGCUUUCGUUGAAGCGCAGAGAACACCCUCAACUGGCGGAAAAUGGAUUCCCGGAAACCAUACACAAAGCAGCAGCGCUCGACCAAUUAAUUAAUAGUUAACUAAACUUAGUAUACUGUAAUUACUUAGAGCAUGUGUUAAUGGUUAUAUGAUGAUGACGAGAUAAAUACAGUAUCGGAAUGCCACAUA